AUGUGCCUCAAUUGUGAACCAUGUCGCAUAUAUAUUGGAAGGUACUUUCAUGGUACUGACUUCCUUGGAAGCACAAGGAAGAAGCAUGCAAGCCAUAUUUGGAGGUCCAUCCUAGCUAGGAAAGAAGUCCUUGGACGGGAACUGAUCAAAAGGAUCGGAGAUGGCACCUCAACUAACUUUUGGCAGGAUAGGUGGAUUCCAUUGCACUUUGAUGCUAGACCGAUAACGCCCAGAGAUGAUCAAGAGGGUAUGACCGGGGCUGUCCUUCGGGAUCAGGCCGGUAAUUUUGAAGGUGGGAAGGAGGGGAAAGCGAAGUGGUACCCCUACGACUUAGAUUCUUUGUUGAUGGAGACCCUGGCCGGCAGGGAUGGUGUGGCUCUAGUCGAGGAGAUGGGCGUUCAAAGGGUGCAAGUUGAAACAGAUAGCAAAAACGGUGAAGUUGUGGGAGGCGGUGAACAUCUAGAGAUCGCGCAUCUCUCUGAUGAUGUAAUUGCGUUGCUCAUGUACUGCCUAAGCAGGUCUCAGAUGACGAUAGGAUGGUCAAACAUUAGUGGGGCCACCUCAAACCUUAGAGAUUCAACAGGAAGGCCAUUUACAUCAUCCUUUUCCGGUCAAUCUGGAUCACUUCCGGGUUUUCAUCACUCAGGCUCACACAACAUUCAUGGAAAUCUUAAUCUUGCAAAUAUCUCUGGAUCAUUAGCACCAAGAAAUAAUUCAUUGGCGGGCAUUCCGUCUCCAGGGUUUCAACAACCCGGUGGUGGUAUUUCCAGUGGCCGCUUCCCUUCAAAUAAUCUUCAAGCUUCCAUGUCUCAGAUUCCUCAUGGGCAUUCUGGGAUCAGCAACAGAGGAGGUAUGAAUGUUGGGGGAAAUCCUGGAUUUAGUAGUAGCACGAAUGCUAUUGGUGGUUCAAUACAAGGUUUAUCCUCAAACUUGGCUAAUGUGGGUAACCGCAAUUCUGCUCCUGGGUUGGUAGCUUCUCCAGUCUUAGGGAAUUUAGGUCCACGGAUAACAAAUUCUGGGAAUAUUAUGGGUGGGGGCAAUAUUGGGAGAAGUAUAAGCUCUGGAGGACUGUCUAUGCCUAGUAUUGCAACUCGCAUGAAUUUAAGUGGCAACUCUGGAAGUGGGGCUAUCAACAUUCAAGGAUCCAACCGUAUGGGUAGUAUGCUUCAACAAGCAUCCCCACAGUUUAUGAACUUGCUUGGAAGUUCUUACCCAUCACCUGGAGGGUCACUAUCUCAGAAUCAAGUACAGUCAGGAAGCAGUUCUUUAGGAUCUUCUGGAAUGCUAUAUGAUGGAAGCUCAGGUGACAAUGCUCCAUUUGAUAUUAGUGACUUCCCUCAGUUAACUGGACGGCCUAAUUCUGCUGGAGGUGGUCAAGGACAAUAUGGAUCACUGAGAAAGCAUGGAGUAAGUGUCAAUGCCAUUGUGCAACAAAAUCAGGAAUUCAGCAUUCAGAACGAAGAUUUUCCAGCUUUACCAGGAAAUAAAGGUAGUUCCUCAGAUUAUCCUAUGGAUAUCCAUCACAAGGACCACCUUCAUGAGAAUGUAAAUAUUAUGCAAGCACAACAUUAUCCUAUGGCUAGACCAUCUGGCUUUAACUUGGGAAGCAGCUAUCCACCCCGUCAACAUCAGCAGAGUGCUAAUUCAGUUAAAAAUGCUGGGCUGGAAACUAUUGGACUAAGACCAUCAAAUUCUCCAAGUCCGUCAACUAAUUCGGGGGUUUAUGAGCAAUUCAUGCAGAAGUACCAUCAACCACAGACUCAAAAUUCACUUAGGUUGCAGGCAUCUUCAGGUCCUCAACAGUACAAGGAUCAGAGCCAAAAAUCCGUUCAGGGAACACAGGCUGCGCCAGAUCCAUAUAGCUUACUUGGAUUGUUGGGUUUAAUAAGAAUGAAAGAGCCUGGACCAACAGCUCUUGCUUUGGGGAUUGAUUUGACAUCGUUGGGGUUGAAUUUGAACUCCCAAGAUAAUCUUUACAAGACAUUUGGCUCUCCGUGGUCAAAUGAGCCAGCUAUAGGAGAGCCUGAUUAUCAGAUCCCUGCUUGUUUCUCCGCAGAGCCACCACCAGCACUGCAACCAUUACAUUUUCAGAAGUUUCACCCCUUGACACUAUUCUACAUCUUUUACAGCAUGCCUAAGGAUGUCGCUCAGUUAUAUGCUGCUAAUGAACUAUACAAUAAAGGGUGGUUUUACCACAAAGACUACCGUGUCUGGCUCACAAGAGCUCCUAAUUCUGCACCUCUUGUGAAAACUCCACUUCAUGAACGAGGGUCCUACAUUUGUUUUGAUCCAAGCAUCUGGGAUACUGUCCAUAAGGACAAUUUUGUUCUUCAUUACGAAGCAGUGGAGAAGAGACCUGUCCUUCCUUCUGCUGGCCAAAAUAUUAGGCGAGAAUUAUAA